CAUGAUUUGGCCUGGUUUGGCCGAGGGUCUUGAGCCUCGGCCAAAUCCAAAAAAGGCAUUUCCAUCAGGCCAAAUCGUUGCCGACAAUCGACGCUUCUCUCUCGCCGCAUUGCACGACAUCCAAGCUUCUCAACCCUCUCCAUCUAAUUAUGUGCUAUUUUGACGGCGCCGGGGUCCGGCACCUACAGCACCAUCCGCUUUGCGUGAGCAUGGCAUAAACCCCUGCAAUUCCCAAGGCCAACUCUUCCUCCUUCUCCUCAUCCUUCUUCCUCCCAUUCUUGAAGUAAUUGGUGUGCUCUCGAGGCCAUGGUAGCAUGUAGAAAGUAGAGAUGUACAUUAUCAAUUAUCUAUCAUAUCUGAUCCGGC